AUGAGCGACUCCGACUCGAACCCCGGCCAGCCCGCCAUCCCAGACUGGCAAAAGACACAGACCGAGGACAACGAGAGCCAGAGCACCGAGCCGGCGCCUACACCGGCAUCAGAAGUCGAUGCGCCAGCGGCCGAGACACCCGCUGAAGAGACACGAGAAGCUGCGCCCGAAUCCUCCUCCGAAGACAGCCUCACAGUUGCGCGGCGCUUCCUCGACAACGAUGCUGUGCGCCAUGCGCCCUAUGAUAAGAAGGUCGCGUUCUUGAAGUCAAAGGGCAUCGACGACGCCGACAUCGAGGCUCUCCUUGCUGAUGAUGAGCCCUCCUCUGCGCCAGAGACCGACACCAGGUCAGAUACCUCCGACUCGCGAUCCUCCUUCGUCCCGACGCCGACCGAAACCCUCUCCCCAUCACCAUCCUCCCAACCACCCGUCGACCGCCCUCCGAUCGUAACAUACCCCGAAUUCCUAGCAAAGUCACCCCGUCCUCCUCCCCUCGUGACAACCGACCGCCUGUUCAACGCCCUUUAUGCCAUCACCGGCCUCUCCACCCUCGUCUACGGCGCAAGCCGCUACAUCGUCCGCCCCAUGGUGGACCACCAGGCCGAGGCACGCACAGAGUUCCAUGAUCUGACGUCCCGCAAGAUGGAUGCCCUCGUAGCAAAGCUUGAAAAGUCCGUGUCAGAGGUGCCCCCCAAGAAGCCCGUUGUCGAUGCCGCAAACGCCGAGGACAGCGAUGCGGAGGACCCGACCGAGAUGUUCCACCGGGACAUGGGCACUCAGACAACCUUCCCCAUCAGCUCUGUGACGGCCUUGAGCGAAAAUGGCGGUGCAAAGGGGUCCUCUGCCAAACACAACGCCACUCAGCUUGCCAGUUUGAAUAAGACGCUCUCUAGUUUGAAGGAUGAGUAUCGCUCACAGAGCGAGGGGAUGGACAAGAUCAAGACGGCCAUCGACGUGCUUCGGGAUGACCUCGAUAACCUUACCUUUACGGGCCAGUCGACUAUGGGCAGCUACGACUUGUAUGGUCGGACGCGCAAGAGUGAGCCUGAUGACGAGAUUCGCAAGGUGAGGGACAACAUCCGCCGUGUCAAGGGUGUCCUGCUCAGCACCAGGAACUUUGCCACGGCAAGAUGA